AUGCAUUUCCGAAACCCGUUUAGAAGAAGAAAGGAGGAAGCAAUAGAGUCUUAUCAAGAAGAGGAGGCGGAAAGAAAGAGAAAAGAAGAAGCAGGAAAGGCGGAAGAACGAAAAAAGCGCAUCUCGAGACCAUCUGGAUCCUCCAACAACUAUUACACCGGCGCUUCGAACAGAGAACCCGAAGGGUAUAACUCAUCAAUCAAAACAUAUAUGGUGGUAUCACAAGCUGGGGGUGGUGAUAGUACCAGCGCUGAUACUGGUGCUAGUGGCCACCACCAUUCUGGCGGAACAAGCAGCCACCAUCAUAGUAGCUGUCAUACCGGUGGCAGCAGUUCUUACUCUGGUGGCGGGGAUUCGGCAGGCUAUUCAGGAGGCCAUUCAGGAGGCCCUUCAGGGGGUGGUGACUCUGGUGGCGGUGGUGGUGGUGGUGAUGGAGGGGGAGGUGGUGGUUGCUAA